UCAAAAUGAAGCUGUGGAAAACCAAAAAACCCAUCAGCUGUGUUUCCGGCCGCAGUGGACCCAUGAAAAAUGAUGACAAACAUGAUCCGGUUGGCAAUGGAGCAAUGCAAUUGGCUCCCAUGUUGUCGGUCGAUCGUGCCAUGAGUCCAGCUCAGUCAGAAGAUUCGGGAUUAGCUCCCGAAAGAGGCACAACAUAUGCUACAAUAACAUUACCGCGUGAUAACACCACAAAUAUGGGAAUAACAUUGGCUGAACGCAACGACCUUUCGUAUCCACCUGUUAUUGCUGCCCUAAGUCCAUUGGGUCAUGCUGCCGAUUUCCUAGCACCUGGAGAUCGUCUACAUCAAAUCGAUGGCAUCUCAACAAUUGGGUUAACAAAUCAACACAUAAUGAGCAUGCUGUGCGGCGGAGGCUCAGCAGAUGGUCCUGCCGUCGUCGAAAUUGAAUAUUCCCUGCCCGAAUACAUUUCCCAAAAUAGCCUUUGUGUAACAUCGAAGUUGGCUCAAAUAACAGUGGAACGUGAAAGCGGUUGUCUGGGUCUAACACUGCGUGGUGGUGCUGAUUAUCCUCUAAUUGUAACACAUGUGCGGCCACAUGGUCCGGUCUAUAAGACGGGAAGGAUAAAACCAGGAGAUCGUCUGCUGCGGGUGGAUAAUGUUUCCCUAAUUGGCAAAACAUUGGCCGAGGCCCAACAGAUCAUCAAAUGUGGUGGCCAUAUAUCGGGCUAUACAAAUCUCACCAUUGAAUAUGAUGUUUCGGUGGUACAAAGUGUGGAAUUUUCAAUGGGUCCAUUGUUGAUUGAAAUCGAACGUCCUAUGAAUGAUAAAUUGGGUUUGGUAUUGUGUAAUUAUAAUUCGGCAGCUGCCGGCCUUACGGAUCAUACAAAAAUCGAUGAAGUCAGUUCGGCGGGUGUUUAUAUUGCCAGUAUUUUGCCAGCGAGCAUAGCUGAUCGAUGCGGUGCUCUUUCAGUUGGCGAUCAAGUACUUUCCAUUGACGAUAUUAGUAUCGAAAAUUCUUCGUAUACACCGGAUGAGGUAAUGACAAUUUUGGAUACCAGCUCGGGUCGAGGAUAUACACAAAUGCAAAUAAUGCCUGCCCAUGCAUUGGCACGAAGAG